CUAGUUUGCAAACACCCAACAAAUACCAAUAUGUGGAGACAAAAAAUAGAAACCCUUUAAACUGCAAAAUUGGAUUAACUUUCGCCGAUGGCAUACAAAUCGGUGUUCGAUGCUUCCGCCAUUAAAUCCGAGUUUCAGAGCGCCGGUGUAAACCCUAAUUUCGUUCCACUCGUCUGGAAGCACGUCUUGCUAAAUCCUCAUUGCCGAUGGGAUGAAAUCCCGUCGUUGCCUUCCGCAGCUUAUACUCUCCUCAAUUCCAAGUUCAAACCCUGCACUUCAACUCUUCAUUCCGCCGUAGAUUCUUCUGACGGGGUCACUACUAAGCUCCUCAUCAAACUACAGAAUGAAGAAUUUGUGGAGGCUGUGAUAAUGAGAUAUGAUACCCGAUUGGGUAAAUAUGAUGGAAAGCCUCGUCCUGGUGGCCCUAGGUCAACCCUGUGCAUAUCCUCUCAGGUUGGCUGCAAAAUGGGUUGCAACUUUUGCGCAACAGGAAGUAUGGGAUUUAAAAGCAAUCUUUCAUCAGGAGAAAUUCUGGAACAAUUAGUGCAUGCUUCUCGCAUAUCAUCCAUUCGAAAUGUUGUUUUUAUGGGAAUGGGAGAGCCACUAAACAAUUACUCUGCGGUGGUGGAAGCUAUCAGAGUCAUGACUGCUCCUCCAUUUCAGCUGUCACCAAAGAAAAUUACUGUCUCAACGGUUGGUGUGAUCCAUGCUAUUAGCAAGCUGCAGAGAGAUAUACCAAACUUGAACCUUGCAGUGUCACUGCAUGCGCCAGUACAAGAUAUCCGCUGUCAGAUAAUGCCUGCUGCAAGGGCUUUCCCUUUGGAAAGACUAAUGAAUACAUUGCGAGAAUAUCAAACUAGCAGUCAGCAGAAAAUAUUUAUCGAGUACAUAAUGCUUGAUGGCGUGAAUGAUGAGGAGCAGCAUGCCCACCUGCUUGGCAAAUUGCUAGAGACAUUUCAAGUGGUUGUGAACUUGAUUCCUUUUAAUCCAAUUGGCUCUCUAAGUUCUUAUAAAACCAGCAGCCAUGUGAAAGUGACAAUAUUCCAGAGAAUACUUAGAGGCACUUAUAACAUCCGAACAACAGUCCGUAAGCAAAUGGGUCAAGACAUAAGUGGUGCAUGUGGUCAGCUGGUUGUUAGUAAGCUGGAUAAGAGGUCCCGUAGUAGUGCAGACCACUUAACUGACAUUGAAGAUCUUCAUAUUUGAUUUUUCAGACUGCAGUAUAUUACAAUGGAAUUAACUUCCCUCUUGAAGAACUAGCAAUACACUGGACAAGUUAUGAAUUUAGCUGCUGUUGCCUUAAGAGUUGUGGAUGAAAAGCAUCUGUCUUGAUGUCCACAUUUGCUCUCAAGUUUAUAAGCAAAAGAUGUAAAACAACUUCUUGCUGCUGUUUGGGGUUCUAAUCUAUGUUGACCUAAUCCUGUAACCCUCAGGUGUUACUUAGCUUAUGCUAAAAGAAAUUUGGUUUCUUUUAUUAACUCCUAGAAUAGGUGCAUCAAACUUAGAGAAAAAGGUUUGACAGUCAUGUUCCAUCAAAUCACGAUACUUGUUUGCGGUACGCUCGGAACUACAAUGCAGCAGCAAAUGUUCUGCAAUCACAAAAAAUAUCAUGGUAUUGUCAGAUUAGCAACUUUUAGGUUGAUCUGUAUUUGAAUGAACCUUUAUUUCUUUCUUAAUAAAUAAAUAAAAAAAAAACACAAUUAGCUGUAGGUUGUUUAUUAUUCAA